AGUAGCACAGAAGAACUUAGUAGAAGUGACAUAAUGAGGUCAUAUUGAGGCUAAACCCCCACAAAUUUAACCCAAUUACGAUACCAACAAUGAAACCUAUUCUACACACGUCCACUGACAGAUCAUGGUGACCUACUGUAAGGCUACCUAGACAAGAAAUCGAGCUAUAAAAGUUAAUUAACUAUUCAAACACUGUAAAACGAUGUAAACGAUCUACCAAAGAGAAGAUAUCACUUCACUUCCCAAUAUGUGGAGUCAUUACAUUGAUUGUCCUUAACUCUGUACCAUUUCUCAAUAUAUUUGUUGGAACGUUUCAAUGUGCUUCGAUGAUACACAACCUUUGUGAAGUCUUUUUACUAUAUCAUUAAAGCUACUUUUUCUGCUAUUGUAAUGGCACGAAUUAUUGCGGCAGGUGUAAUAUAUCGAUUAUGCUAGAAGCUUCCAUCACCGUUCUGCCACCUGUCGCGCAACGUUCGUGAGUAAGUUGAUCCGAUAAGCCGAUUGAUAGAUACAAUUAGCCAUCGUCACUAAUGACACACAAUCACGCCAGGGCGUUUUAUACGGAAUCACGUCGCCGAGAGAGAGAUCCUUUGUUCGACGUGCACUCCAGUAUCAGUUCGUACGGCCGAAAGUAUGGAGCAACCGAAGCACAGCAAUCAACCGACGGUACCGGAUCAUGGCCGCCCGCACGGCAAACGGCUCACCAAGACGAUGAAAGCGAUCAAGAAAGGCAAAUCGAAGAUGGCGUCGAACGGCAAGUCGAAAGCAACCUUCAACACGCUGCGCCUGUUUCGGCGCAGUUUCAUAUUUCAAACGAAGGAGUUCUUCGACAACUCGACCCUGCACGGUGUCCGCUACAUUGCCGAGGAGGGCCGCCCAUUCUUCGAGCGGUUCAUGUGGUUUUGCUUCGUUGCGUUCGGCUUCAUCGCGGCGGUGGUGAUCAUCUUCAGCCUGUGGGAAAAGUUUCAAACCAAUCCGACCAUCACCGGGCUCGAUACGGACUUUCACAAUCAGCAGGUCAUCUUUCCGACGGUGUUGGUGUGCCCGACCACACCGUAUGAUGAGGAAGCGGUACGGAAGGAGGCGUACCAGACGCUCGGUGGCUACGAGGAGGGUAGUGAAGUGUACGAACCAUUUCUGAAGCAGCUAACCCAGCUGUCGUACGACAAUAUACGUGAGGUGGCAGCGAUGUUGGCCGAUAUGCCCGGUACGCCGGCCCUGCGGACGUCCAACCUGCGGGAGAUAGUGUUCCGGGUGGCGGUACGCUGUAACGAUACGUUCGCGUCCUGCCGCUACAAGGACGAAGAUAUUGAAUGCUGUGAAAUGUUCAAACCAAUGUACACGGAACAUGGAUUUUGUUAUGCGUUCAAUGCACGCUACACCAACAACAAGCAGGUGGAAAUACUCAACACCGAGGUGUACGUACUGUUCGAGACGGACAAGAAAUGGGCACUAACGUUUGAGCCGCUCCGGGAGAGUAAUAUUUUUGUGCACUCGUACAAUGAAAUAUCCGGCUGGGACUUUCAGCCUCAGGUGAUGUGGGACAUCGACUCGAAGGUGGAGUUCCUUAUCUCGAUGAAGCAAACGUACACGACCGAGGACGCGCAGCAGCUAUCGAUCGGCCAGCGGAAGUGUAUCUUUCCGGAGGAGGAAAAGCUGCAGUACUACCAGGAUGCGUACACAUUUUCCGGCUGCAUGAAGGAGUGUCGCAUUUCGAAAAGUUUAAAGUACUGCAAGUGUGUGCCACCGUUCUAUGCACCGGUACGUUCCAUACAGAUCUGUACGUCUGGUAGCUUCCAGUGUUUGAGCGAGUACACGGAAAACAUUACCAGCAUCUAUAGCUGUCAGGACUGUGAGCUGGGGUGUCUUAACACCGUGUACGAUAUUGAGAAGUACUCGAAGAUCAUGAAAACGGAAGAGGAACAGCAGGAAGCGCAGGUAACGAUCGAAUACCUUACCUGGCCGAUCAUUCGCUACAAGCGCGAGGUACUGUUCGGCUGGGUUGAUCUGCUGGUAUCGUUCGGCGGCAUUGCUGGGCUGUUUCUAGGCUUUAGCUUACUGUCCGGCGUUGAGUUUCUCUACUUCUUCACGAUGCGCGCGUUCUGCAUGCUGUACAAAAACCGCGACGAGCUGGAAGCGAUCGAGAAGGAGCAGCUCAUCAAAUCGAUGAGUCGCCACGAGUUGGGCCUUAAACCGAUCGCGCCACCGUCGACACCGACCAUUCCGGUAUACGACACGAUGGACGUACCACCGUCCGCCGACAAGCAGCAGGUAUUUGUGAAGCUUAUCACCAACGAUUACAAAGCGGCCCAGCAGUAUCUCGCCACGGACGCAUCCUACCCGGGCCUAAACCGGCACAGGCUCAAUCAGCUGCAGGGUCAAAGCCAACGGAAGCAAAACAUGUUUCAGCUGGGCCACGCUAACUACACCAACCACACCAAGUACGCGGAGAAAAAGGCAAUUCCUUACAACGACAGUAGCAACUACAUUUACGAUGGAUAUUUACCAUAAACCGUUUUUUUUUGGCUGGUUCUUUCAUAGAACGGAGAGAAAAAAAACGUGCAAAGCUUCUAUUUUUUCUAUACUGUGUUUUUUUUGCUUUGUUUUUUUUUUAAUAAUUCAUUCACAUGUUUUGUAUUUCCCCGUGUCUAUCGUACAUUGCUACUUAAAGAAAUAAAAACACCUCAUAAAUAAAUUGAAAUCAUAGCGCGCGCCCCCGCCCGGGUCUCUCGUCGUGUUGCGUGUGGUUUCGUCACGAAGUUGAUAUACCAUUCAUCAGGACUUUUAUUAGGACUUUUAUCUACUUCGUUUCAUUCCUUUUCCUUUCUCUGUUCCUUCUUUACUGAAGUUUUGUGCGUUCAUUUGUUAUUUUUGUUUUUUUGUUUGCACUGCUUAAAAAAAUGAAAAUAAA